AUGGAUUACAGGUGUGAUGGGACUCUGGAAGAGCUGUGUCCAGUGUGUGGAGAUAAAGUAUCUGGGUACCACUAUGGUCUGCUCACCUGUGAGAGCUGCAAGGGAUUUUUCAAGAGGACGGUUCAAAACAACAAGACGUAUACCUGUGUGGAGAGGCAGCAGUGCAGGAUGGAUAAAAUUCAAAGGAAACGCUGUCCUUUCUGCAGAUUCCAGAAGUGCCUAGAGGUUGGCAUGAGGCUAGAUGCUGUUCGUGCAGAUCGCAUGAGAGGCGGCAGAAACAAGUUUGGCCCCAUUUACAAGCGUGAUCGAGCUCUCAAGCAGCAGAAAACCGCUCUGAUACAAGCUCAUAGAUUCGGACAAGAAAGUCGCACUGGUUCCUCGAUGCACCAGAGAGAUGUCACCUUUAUCCUUCACGACACCCUCCUAAACACAAACCAUCCUUCAACGACAUCUUCAUUCGUGCCCUCCGUCCCAGCUGCUGUCAUCCAGCAGCAGGACUCCUACUCAAACUGGACCAUCAAGUCGGAGUGCAGCGACAUCUCUGCAGCUUCAACGGGCUUUGCUGCAGGAAUCUUCAUCGACCAGCAUGAGGCGUAUUCAAGAGUAGUCCUGACACCAGGCCCAAGGAUGCCUCAGCUGAUGAUGGAGUUCCUGCGCUGUGAUCCAGAUGAGGUGCAGCUGCAGAAGAUCACGGCUCACCUGCAUCAGGAGCUGACAGGCUGCCACUUGGCCUCCAGCACCUUUAGCCACAUGUUUGUCAUCGCAGACCAGCUGCUGCGCUCUAUCGUGGACUGGGCCCGGGCAUCCAUCUUCUUCAAGCAGCUUCAGGUCGGUGACCAGAUGAAGCUGCUGCAGCACUGUUGGAGUGAACUGUUGGUCCUGGACUUCCUGCCCAGAGUGGUUCUUCAUGGCAAAGAAGAAAGUCUGGUUCUGGUCUCUGGACAGGAGGUGUAUGUGUCAGACUGUGAUGCUGGUCUGGCUUUGGCCAACCUGACCCAGAAAGGAAAGGACCUGGUUGAAAGGCUGCACAUUCUAAGGGUGAACCGUCAAGAGUUCGCCUGCAUCAAGUUCCUAAUCUUAUUUAAUCCAGACGUGAAGGAUCUUGAAGACCACGGAUUCGUAGAGAGUGUGAAAGAGCAGGUUGAAGGAGAUCUGCUGGAGUACACGCUGUCCACCUUGUUCCAGUGCCCUGACCGUUUCAACCACCUGCUGCUGUUUCUGUCUGAGCUACGCUGUCUCGGCACGCUGGCUGAAGACUACCUCUACUGCAGACACCUGAGCAGUGAGCUCCCCUGCAACAACCUGCUCAAUGAGAUGCUCCACGCCAAGAACAACUAG